UUGAUUAACCUAACCGAAUCUCAUUUUUGACGUUUUCUUUCAUGCAUAACUAUCAUAAAACCUGGAUAUAAAGCUAAUAUACCGUAAAUAAUUGUUUAAAAAAACGAUAAAAAUUCCCCGAACUAACUGUUCGGCUUAUUUAUCAAACACCCCAUCAGUUUUUCCGUACGUUUUUUUAGCGGUUUUAAAAUGAAAACCCAGCAGGUAUAACAUACAAUACAUAUUGUACUGUACGUGUUCGUAGAUGACGAUGGCAUUAUUUAGUAACACUUGCAUAUUUUAUUCGUUUAUUGGCGUUGUGUUGCAUGCGAGAUCGGUCAAAACUUCCUACCACCCCUAGUAACGAUUUGGCCCAGGCCAAGUGAGUAGCUUCGGGGUAGGGACCUAACUGGCGCACGCACCUCAGGUCAGUCGCGUCGUAACAAAGACUGACGUAUAGGUUGUGUAUGUCUCUUGAAAAUAAAUACGUCAGUUCUCGAGCUCAUAAGGAUCUGGCCAGUCUGGAUCGUCUCCAGUGUAAUGAGACGCUCUUGUUUUUUUUUUUUGUUUAUCGUUCGGUUUCAAGUGUGAAGAGAAGGUAUUGUCCGUUCAAGUGAUUGACUAGAUUGCAUGGUCUGCUGGUGCAAAGUGUGAAUUCGACUUAUUGUUCUAUAGUUUGUUUGUGGAUUUUAAAGUUUAUUGUUCGGUGACAGUCGACGAGAGAUAUCUGUGUGUUAGCAAUUCGUAUUCCGGUUAGGGUGGGGUUGUUAAAACGGCGUGGGUCGUCAUGGUGAUCUGUGGUAGUAAUCGGCAGCAGAGAGACGAAGAAAAUAGACGCUUGUUGAAAAGUAUGGAGAUACUGGAUCAACAGAGACAAGGGACGGCCUUUCAACAUGUUCGAGAAAAUAUAGAAGAUCUUAAUGGAAGGGUUGGUGCUCGAGAUACCGAUCUAAUUUUUCUAAAAAGUCUUAUGGAGUCUCCUGUUAUGAGUUCAAUUGUUAAGAUGCAGGAUAGAUUAGAAGAAAGUAAUGGUUCUCUGAAACCUGUCUCUACUGGAAAUAUAAAACUUGUGCAAGAUGUGAUUAAAACCUGUUGUAAUUCAAAUAAGCAAGAAGCUGAAGAAUUAGUUGAAAUUCUAAGUGAUCCAUACAUUCAGACUUUAUUGGAAGCACAUGAUACAAUAGCAUCAAAGAGUUAUGAACCUCCUAAACCACCUCUGCCAGUAAUGCUGCCAUCCCCACCAAAUAAUAACCUUCCUUCAGAUGAUAUACGUGUUGUUGGAAUUCGAAAAAUUGAUGAUGAUCCAUUGGGAAUAACAGUCAGAGAAGAAAAUGGCAAUUUGAUUAUUGCAAGAAUUCUUGCAGGAGGAAUUAUAGACAGACAAGGUUUAUUGCAUGUUGGUGAUAUCAUCAUGGAGGUAAAUGAUGUUGAAAUACAUACUCCAGGUCAAUUACAGGAACAAUUGAAAAAAGCUAUGGGAAGUGUAACAUUCAAAAUAAUGCCAUCUUAUCAAGAUACCAUACAAGCAUCUCAAUGUUAUGUGAAAGCUCUCUUUAGUUAUGAUCCAUCAAAAGAUUCUUUACUACCUUGUAAAGAUAUAGGGUUAGCAUUUAAACAAGGAGAUAUUUUACAAAUACUUAAUCAAGAGGAUCCCAAUUGGUGGCAGGCAAGAAAAGUUAAUAGUCAUGGAUAUGCAGGACUUAUUCCAUCUCAAGAAUUGGAGGAGAGGAGGAGAGCUUUUGUGCCUCCAGAACAUGAUUAUGCUACCAAAACAAGUAUGUGUGGAACAAAAGUAACAAAGAAAAAACGAAAAACUAUGUAUCAAAGCAAAGCAAAUGCUGAAUUUGAUAAAGCUGAGUUAUUGUUUUAUGAAGAAGUUGCUCGAAUGCCACCCUUUCAAAGAAAGACACUUGUUCUCAUCGGAGCACAAGGUGUAGGUCGCCGAACUAUGAAGAGUAAACUUAUCAGUUCUGAUCCUGAAAGAUUUGCCACACCUUUACCUCAUACUUCGAGACCAAUUCGAGAAGGUGAACAAGACGGAAAAAGCUAUUAUUUUGUUACAAGAGAAGCUAUGGAGGCAGAUAUAGCAGAAAAUAAAUAUUUGGAAUGGGGUGAACAUGAUCAUCAUUUGUAUGGAACUAAAUUAGAUUCUAUUAGAGCUAUUAUUCGAUCAGGAAAAAUGUGUGUUCUUGACUGCAAUCCUCAGUCAUUGAAAUCACUUAAGACUUCAGAAUUUAUGCCCUAUGUUUUAUUUAUUGCUGCUCCUCAUUUAGAGCAAUUAAGGCAUAUGCAUGAGUAUGGUAGGCAUCAUGGUUAUAGCAGCAGAAAUCUGACAUUUGAUCGUGCAAUGGGACGACAUGGUUCACGACGGGCAAGAACUUUGGAAAGUUUAGCCUCUUUAUAUGAAGAUGAAGACUUGAAAAAAACCAUAGAGGAAAGUGCUCGACUUCAGCGUGCUUAUGAAAAAUAUUUUGACAGUUAUCUUGUCAAUGACAGUUUCGACAAGACAUUUGAACAAUUAAAGGAUACCAUCGAUGCCUUGAGUACAGAGCCUCAAUGGGUGCCAAUAUCAUGGGUUUAUUAAUAGAUUUAUCUGGCAAUAUAGAAUUUAGUAGCAUAAUAACUGAGGUCACAUUUGCUUUAUUUUAAAUAGAAGCAAAUUCAGUAGAAGAUAUAAUUUUGAUAUUUUAAUUGUUUAUAUUUAAUAAUAAUUGUUUAGAUUUUAACCUAUUAACAUAAUAUAUCAGAUCAGAAAGGAUCCAAGAACAUAUCUAGCAUUUAUCAUUUUUAAUGUGUUUUUCAAAUAUUUCUCAUAUCUCAACAUUUGCCAUUGUGAUAGUUAGGGUGCCGAGUCAUUUUCAUCUUAUUAUUCAUAUAUAUAUAUAUAUUUUAGUAUUUGGUAACAUUCCAUAUCAGUACAAACAUUGUAUAGAUUUGUUUUUAUCUACUAAAUUGGAUAUAUUUGUUAAAAUGAUUUCUUUCAUUAAUGUUAUCCAAACCUGCCAGUAGUUGAUUUAUUUCUAUGGAUAACAUCAUUUGCAUAGAAAAAUUUACUGACUGUUCAUCAUCAUUUCAUUCUGUAAAAACAUAUGACAUGUUUAUAUGAAUAUAAUUUUUAUAUAUUUAUAUAUAUAAAAAAAAAAUACUACCAGCCAAUCAAUUACAGCUAUUUUACAGAAUGUAAAUAUAUCUAAACUUUUACACAUUGUUAAUUCUUCUAAUUUUAUGAUAUUACUAUAUUUUCUUUCAGAGAAUUUUUAUAUGAAUGCAAGGAGAAUCAUAUAAUACUUAACAGUAUCAUCCAGCAUGAUACAUUAAUUUCUUUCGAAUAAAAAUACUUGAUACAUUAAUUUCUUCAAUAUUUAUUUCGUUUACUG